AUGCAUCAACCGCAGCAGCGUCAUCUGUCUGCCUAUCCGGCGCUUCUGGAGCCGACGACGUGUCGACGGCGUCUUCCAAUGCCACCGGACACGCAUCUAAGGCGAAGUAGCUCACCACGGAUUCUCCCAACACCACCACCACUAUCCCCAGAAUAUCGAUGUCCAAGUGCUGCGCCACAUUUAGAAAGGCGGCCUUCUGGCAGACAGUUGCCGAGGCCACCAACGGCAGAGCUGUCGAACUUGACGAGUUUGGCUCAAAAUGUGAAUGGAAACAGCUCUCAGUGCUCCCUCUCGCCGGUAUCCUUGACACCUGACCCCACUCCAGACGAGCCAGGAUUUUACGACGAGACUGAAGAGGCUGAAGAAGAAGACGUGGCUGACGAGGAGUGCGUGGAAGAAGACGUCGAAGAAGAAGAGGCACAGUAUCCAGACGAACCAUCGCCAGUCGUCGUGACGCCGCCAGAAGAAGUUCGGAGGAUUUCGCCAGAGAUACUAAUUGCGCCACCACCACAGCCACGCAGGAUGUCCAAGUUCUCGGUGCACUCGCCGUCAAUUGAGCAGAUCAACAAGAACGGUUCUGACAAUGAGGAUCCGAUUGCUCAUGGAUUGGAUCCAUCUCUCUACUCUCCGAAUGCUCCGAUUAUUAUCGAAAAUAACAACACGGCAGUGCACAAAUCGAGUGUCGCCUCGAGUUCCAGUCCAACGCCACAACAACCACGUGGAUUGGGUCUUCUGCAUUGCUCAUUGCUCUACUUUGCAGUCCGAAAACGUCUGCGGGUUACAGUAUCGAAAAUUGAAGCACUCGCCGGCGAGCUGAAACCAGAAAUGGAGAUACAUGCACUGUGCAAAGUGAGCAUUCCUGGCCUCAAGGGAGCCAAAGAGCAGACAUCCGAAACGAUGAGAGGACGAAAUCCAAUGUUCAAUCAUGAAUUCUUCUUCGACAAUGUGACACAUGAGGAGCUCGACACGAAAAUUGUGAUAAUUACGGCAUGUCACGCAGGAGGCGGCAUUAAGGGAAAAGACAUUGUGAUAGGAGAAGCAUCUGUGCCAUUGAGAGAUAUUCGAGAGAUGAACACCAAGAAGGAAAUCAAGUUUAUCGAAGAAAUUAAAGCGCUCGUGCCAAAGAAACUCGGAAAAAUCUACACGUCUUCCAUCAUUGAGAAAGAUUCCAAACGGUUGACAAUUAACCUGAAAAAGGUGGAUGCUCUGCCGAAAUGUGGUCUUAUUGGUGCUCCAGACGUUUGCGUCAAAAUCACGCUGACUCAGGGUGCCAAAACACAAACCAAGUCGUCGAGAAUUAUCAAAAAUACCUGCUGUGCUGUGUACAACGAGGCGGUCAUGUUUUUGUGUGGAACCUCAAAAAAUGAGUUGGCACAGACGGCAAUUGUGAUUUCGGUGCAUGAUGCACAGAGAACUUGCACUGGCGACGACACUAUCGGAUGUGCAUACCUUGGAAUCGGAGCUGUCGAUAAGUCGGAAAUCGAUCAGUGGAAAGGAUGUACGGAGCACUUGGGAAAGGAGUAUAAGGGCAAUCACACUCUUAAAGCACCCCACACCGCUCCACCAGUCCACGUGGCAGAGGCGAAUGAAGACGGUGCAGCUGACGAGGAUGAGGACUAA